AUGGAGCACCCCGACCUGACCAGCGACGACCUCGAGCAGGUGCUGGCGGCCGCCGACCAGCGCACCAAGAGCCGCCUGCGCGCCAAGCGCCUCUACUACAAGAAGCGGAACCUGCUGGACGAUCUCCAGCGCGACGUGGACGCUCUGGAGGCCGAGUACGAGCGGCUACUGGCCGAGCACCACCAGCGAGACGCGCAGCCGACGCCCGGUGCCGCCGCGCAGGCCGCCGAGGACGGGGCCAACGCCGCCCACCGCGCGUACGUGCAGCUGGCGCAGGUCAAGCGCGCGCUGGCCAAGGAGAACGAGGAGCUCAAGCGCCUGCACGCCAACUACCUGGAUAUGGAGCGGCAGAUCAACCAGUUGGCCGCGGCCCAGAAGAAGGCCCAGCUACAGGCCGAGCAGGAGCAGGAACACAAGAGGCGGAACCCCGUGCUGAAGGUCAACCCGCUGACCCAAGACCAGUGCGCCGAGAUGGCGCGCGCGUCGUACCGAGAGAUCAAGGCCUUCCGAGAGAGCGACACGUGCUUCUCCACAGGAACGAGCGUGCUGGGCUGGCGAGAUCGGCACGUGCUGCGCCAGAACAAGCUCAUGUUCUCCCUGGAGAAGACGUUCCACGGCCGCGCGACGGACAUGAUGGCGCGGAAUAUAUGGGAGAUCCUGUCGCUGCCAGAGCCCAUUGUGAUCAUGCGUCCGCGCGACGCCAAGGUGCACUUCCACGUCGUGCAGAGGCUCAAUGAGGACGCUGUCGUGUACUACUACACACUGGAGCGCGAGCACACGGACGUGCGCAUCCGAGCGUUCAUUUUGGCCAUGCGGGUCGACCUCGGGCCCGAUGGCUGCAUGGUGAUCCUCCGCAACCUGGACCCCAAGACGUAUCUGCAGCACGACGGAGACUGCACAGCGCCCGUCCGACGCGGGCGCCGGAAGGUGGAGCCGCACAAAGAGAAUUUCUGGCUGGAUGUGUUCGUUUGGAGCUUUUACGAGUACGCGGGCGAUCAGCUUGACGACUGCAAGCAGACUUUCGGUGGAGAAAUCGAGGGCACAGCGCUCGCAAGUACGGGGUGGUGGUCGAUCGAGAUCCUCGAGAUGGCACUGCGCAUGGAGAGUCGUGGGAUUGGCUCACGAGGGCUCCUGCGGUGGUAA